CACGCUAUCUCCCGCUGAUUACAGCAGGAGCGUUACUGUUUAACAUGCUUUUCCAGAUAAAUCCUGGCUUUCUGUCCAAAUCCUUUAAGAAUGAGUUUCGAAAUUGUUACACUGAAAAGCACUCAACAGAACUAGUCACAGAUGAAAGUUUACUGAAACAUGUCCCCUUUACUUUUGCUAAGUUCGAAAACUUCGUGCAAUUCAGGCAAAACAAUGAAGAAACUAUGGACACAAAACAGUUGGUUCAGUUAGUAGAAGAGGAAGCCGAAAAACUACCUUUUGUGCGAAGAGGAAAUGAUCUUUUCUCAUUCUAUCAAAGUUGUGAUGUUGUAAAUUUAUGUUCAAAUGAAAAGAAUUCCGCUAAUACUUCCACAUUCCCUUUACUUGUCAGCUUAAGGACAUUUUUACUAGAUAGUGUUCUUCCAUGGUUAAAAGAUAUCACAGGUAUUCCACUUUAUGAGAAUAAACUAGACUUGACUUCUUCAUAUUAUAAACAUGGAGAUUAUCUUCUAUGUCAUGAUGAUAAAUUGGAAGGUCGUCGAUUGGCAUUUGUUUGGUAUCUUGUACCUGAUAAUUGGAAUAGUCAAACAGAUGGAGGUGAACUACAAUUAUUCGAAAGUCAACUAGACGUCAUUGAUAACGAUCAUGAUGAUGAUGGUGACAGUUGUAGUAAUAAGAAUAAGAAUAAUGGAAAAUUUCAGCCAACUAUCAUCUCUACAACAAUACCUCCUAAACGGAAUAUGUUUAUAUUUUUUGAAGUAUCCCCAAGAUCAUUUCAUCAGGUUGCAGAAGUAUUAGGUUCUUCUAAACGCAUCUCCCUACAUGGAUGGUUUCAUGGACCAAGUCUAUGGACUGUAGAUAAUAAUAAUACUGUAAUGAGACGACAGUCUAUUGAAAGAAUUUCUCCUAUACACAUAGAAGAAGAACUAGUCUAUCAAUGGAUUAAUCCAGUUUAUUUUGAUACAGAUCAGUUACGCAAGAUUCGACAAAGAUUUUGUCGCUCUUCAGAAAUUCAAUUAACUAAUUUCAUCAAAACUGAUGAAAAUAUGCCUCAAUCUAAUAAACGCAUGAAAACUGAUCACAUGAUUAGUGAUGGCUGCACUACAAAUGAUGCUAACGAAAACCCUUUACCAUAUUUAACUGAACCAUGUCUACGUAGACUUCAAUCGGGUAGUUAUACUCUACUCUCAGAUGUUGAUAUGUCUAAUCAAGAUUGGAGGCUGGAAUGUUUAUUACAUAUUCAUGGGUAUAAUGUUCAAAGCAAUGCAAGUGCUAAGAAAGUUAAACUUCAUGGUAGGCGUUCUCAAUCAACUAACAAUCAUUCAUGUUAUGGUCAGACUGUUUAUGUUGCUGACGAUGAAGAAGAUGAACUUCUCACUGUUACACCAUUAAAUAAUGCAUUAACUUUAGUCUACACUGGUCCUGGAACAACUAGUUUCUUGAAAUAUAUUCCUUAUCAUUAUAGUACAAUCAUUCAACAAAAUGAUUGUCCGACUUUGAUUACUACCACUGAUCAUCAUCAUCAGUCAUCAGAAAAUGGUACAACUAAUCUACAAUUAUUUGACUUAUUUGUCAAAUACUUUGAUACAACACGAUCAGAUUCAGAAGAUGUGAAUAGUUUGCUAAACGAUACUACUACUAAUAAUAAUAGUAGUGUCAGUAGUUUGACUGACGAAGAACAAGAAGAAGAAGAAGAAGUAGAAGAGGGGGAAGAGGAAGAAUCCAUUCAAUCAGUCCCUGAAGAUGAUGACAAUGAUUCACGGACUGAUGAAGAUAAACUAGAAGAGGAGGAGAAGGAAGUGAUACAAUAAACAAGUGACAUUUGUUUGUGUAUAUUGGUAAUUAUGAUCUUGUUUGUAUAUCGAUUGAAUUUUGAUAGUUAACAAUCUUUUUUUUUAGAGUAAAUGUUAGUGUUUGUGAUGAUUUUGUUAGGCGUUACAAUAAUAACUAUAAUG